AUGGAUAAUGAUAGGAGUUGGAUGCAUAUACAAGGGUUGAGCAAUCGGCUACAACCAACUUAUCGAAAUGGUGUUAAAAAAUUUCUCGAUUUUUCUUUCAAAGACACAAUCCCUAAUACCGGGGCUAAGAAAUGGUGUCCUUGUUUGAAGUGUCGAAAUUACAUCGACCAUAAUCGAGAGACAAUGCGGGCUCAUCUUUUGCGAGUAGGAAUGGAGCCUGACUAUAAUCCGUGGAUAUUCCAUGGAGAAGAACAACUUGACAUGGGAAACAUGGAAAUGUCCGAGGAGGAAGGUGAUUUGUUUGAUGAUGAAGAUCCUCUCGUAUCCGAGGAGAUGGCUGCUUUGGUGCAUGAUGCCACAAAUGUAGUGCCCGAGAAUUUGAAUGAUAGAGAUGAAGAGGAUAAAGACCAUCCCGAAAUUCCUGAUAAGUUUUAUAGGUUAAUGAAAGAUGCAGAAGAAGAAUUAUUCCGGGGUUGUAAAACCUUUUCAAGGUUGGAGUUCAUCGUAACUCUCUUACAUCUCAAGGUUAGUGGACAUUGGCAUGAUAAGUCCUUUACUUUGCUGCUUAGUGCGUUACAUAAGGCCUUCAAUUAUGAUCCUAAAUUUCCAAAGAGCUCCCGUGAAGCCCAGAAGUACACAAAAGAUCUUGGGUUGAAUUAUGUGAAGAUCCAUGCUUGUGUAAAUCAUUGCAUUCAUUAUAGAAAGGAGUAUGAAAAUGCCGAUUCAUGCCCUACUUGUGAGGAGUCCAGAUGGAAAGAAGGUAGUGGUGAAUUUGAUGAUAGUGUCACAUUUUCGGAAUCUCAAGGGACCUCACAACGGAUUCCUAGAAUACCUCGUCUAGUUCUUCGUCAUUUUCCUUUAGUUCCUAGGCUUCAAAGGCUUUUUAUGUCUUCAAAAAUUGCUAAGCACAUGAGAUGGAAUAAGGAUAGGAAGCGAAUGGAUAAGGACGUAUUAAGGCAUCCAUAUGAUUCAAAGGCAUGGGAGAAGCUCGAUGAUUCAUUUCCUGAUUUUGCAGCAGAUCCACGUAAUGUGAGAUUAGGUCUUUCAACUGAUGGUUUCAAUCCUGGUGCACAUUUAGGCACUAAGUACAGUAUAUAG